GUGCUGAAGCGCGCCAUCAAGACCCUGUGGACCAUCAUGGAAGGCACAGACCAGAUGUGGCUGCCUGUGAUCCGUACCUGGCGCCUGAAUGAGCGUCACUACGGAGGCCUCACUGGUCUCAACAAGGCCGAGACGGCGGAAAAGCACGGUGAGGAGCAGGUGAAGAUCUGGCGCCGCUCCUUUGACAUCCCACCUCCACCCAUGGACAAGGACCACCCUUACAACAAAAUCAUCAGUGAGUCCCGGCGCUACAAGAAUCUGAAGCCCGGUGAGCUCCCCACAUGUGAGUCACUGAAGGACACCAUUGCCCGUGCCCUGCCUUUCUGGAAUGAUGUCAUCGCCCCUGAAAUCAAGGCGGGAAAGAACGUUAUCAUCGCUGCCCACGGCAACAGCCUCCGUGGCAUUGUCAAGCACUUAGAGGGUAUGUCUGAUGCAGCCAUCAUGGAGUUGAACCUGCCCACAGGAAUCCCAAUUGUGUAUGAGCUGGACGCAAACCUGAAGCCCAUUAAGCCCAUGGCUUUCCUCGGCGAUGAGGAAACCGUGAAGAAGGCCAUGGAGGCCGUGGCUGCCCAGGGCAAAGCCAAGAAGUAAAAGCCUGACUCUGGAGGCUCCACGAGGAAGCAGAGAAAAGAGACUGUUCCCCCUUUGUCCUUUAGCCUUUCCCCUCCGAUCCAUUUGUCCAUCCUUGUAGUCCAUUCCAACUGGGGAAAUGUUUAAUGGUUCUUUUGGAGACGGGCCAUUUUCAGCACAUUAGUCCUGUUUGUUUAAAUGGCAGACUGAGGGAUGACCUGCCAAUCAAAGCAGACAUCCAGGCCCCACAUUCUACCCCACUCAGCCCUUUUAAAUUGUGGCGAAGCCCUGUAUGCUGAGGGCCUCACCACCCUGGCACAACCAAUAAAGAAACCAUGUUUUUAUGUA